AUGACAGCUAUCCGGCGCCGAAACACCGAUAGACACCCAGACGAAAGAGCCAUGGCGGCCACGGGUGGAGGGAAAAUUAGAAGCAGGAGAUAUCAUAUCGCCUCUAAACCCUAUGCCAAGAGUAAACAGCAACAGUCAGGCCUCAUCAGUCGAGUGACAGACACAGUUAAGAGCAUCGUUCCUUCCUGGCUGCAGAAAUACUUCAAGAAUGAAGACGCUCCUGAAGGAGGAGGGGCUGUACUGGGGACGGACCAGAACUGCCAGCCACCUCCUCCGCCUCCUCCAAAUGGCAGCGAAGAGGGACCUCCUCCCCUUGAUGGACGUGACUCACCAGAGCCAAGCACCAGUAACACAGAGCCCUCAACCAGCCGGGCGUCUCUGAACUUCCAGGAGUAUGUGCUUUCUCGACCUCCUCUGAGUCGUUCCCACCUCCACUUUGCCCCGCUGGAUAUCUCCUCCCCGACCCUGGGGGCCUCCAGCAGCCUCUUCUCCCAACCCUCCACCUCCUCAGCUCCUGGACCCUUUUCCACGGGUUUCUCCUUGGUCAAAGAAAUCAAGGACAACCUCUCGCAGCACGAAGAUGAUAACAUCUCCACCACUAGCGGCUUCUCCUCCCGCGCCUCAGACAAAGAUGUCCCCACUUCCAAAACAGCAUCACUUCCCCAACUUUGGUCCCCAGAGACAGACAGAACACACUCUGGGCCUCAGCAUGCCCAGUCCAGUAUGAAAAGGCCUGCUUUUAACCUGUCUGUAUUUGGAACGUCCUCCAAUUCAUCAUUAAACAGCACAGUGCUAAACUCUAGCCAGCUUGGAGAUUCACCCUUCUACCCUGGGAAGACCAUGUACGGUGGAGCAGCUGCAGUCAGGAGCUCUCGUACUCGUCCUGGAACACCAUACCAGGCCCCAGUCAGGAGACAGAUCAAGGUCAAGCCUGCUGGCGCUCAGCCCUGUGGAGUGACCAGCGCCACAGCCAGACGUAUCCUGCAGUCUUUGGAGCGCAUGUCGAGCCCGCUGGCUGAUGCCAGGAGAAUCCCAGCAGCAGCUUCAUCCCCCCUGUCAGCAUCAAUGGACGGCACAAAUCUAGAUGUUUCACCUUUCCACUCGAAAAAGAAACGUAUGGAUUCCAGCCUCCCACCAGUGCAGAAGCUUGUGGUUCCUGCUGCAGUGUCAGUGUCAGGAAACCGCUCCGUGUCCUUCAGGCCUACUUUGACUCCUGGAGGAGUGAGCCGAACUCUGGACAGGACCCCAAGAGAGACGCCCACAAGACAAUCACCGCAACCACCUGAAGCAACCGCAGGUCCAUCUCAAAGCACAAUGGGUUCCAGUAGCUCAGCCUAUCCUCUGUCCAGCACACCUGCAGCCAGCAGUGUGGGCUCUGGAGGGGGCAAGAUAAAGCGAGAGAGGACCAGUACACGGCCUUCCUCUAAACGCCCUGAAGAGGAAGAGGUGGCUGAGGUACCGGACCUACCAACCAUUUCACUUCCCAUCAGCACCAUGCCAACUUUCAGCUUCUCCUCCCCUCUUCCACCUCUCACCACUUCCACCACCAUCAGCAUUACCCCAACUCUCACGCCCGUGACUCCAGUUAAGGAAACAGUCACAAAUAAGGAGCCACCAACGGCCUCAACACCUCCCUGUGUACCUUUUACAUUUUCCUCCCCUAUUGUCAAAGCAACUGCUGCUAGUCCCCCUUCCUUUUCCCCCUCAGCUGGAUUCACUUUCAGUGCACCUGUAGCAAUGUUAGGUCCCUCCAUGUCAAACGGGAAGAUGGCUUCUCCUAUCGUGGCAGCAGUGAAGUCAGCAACAAGCAAAAGCACAGAAGAUUUUGAAGGACCUUUCAAACCAGCCAAGACCCUGAAGCAGGGCAGUGUGCUGGAUCUUCUCAAGGCACCUGGCUUUGCCUCUCCUGUUGCUCAGACUUCCCCAGUCCCGGACAACGCUCUGCUGCAGACCUCCACAGAGUCCACAGCCCCCAUCUCCACCACCACAACCACCUCCUCCCUCUCUUCAACAGGGUUUGCAGAUGUGUUCAAAGCCCCACCAGGCUGGAGCUGUGAUGUCUGCAUGGUGCAGAACAAACCAUCAGACACCAAGUGUGUUUGCUGUAUGGCCCCACAGCCCAGCUCCUCCUCAUCUAAACUUAUGGACAGUAAACCGUCAGCCGCCACCUCGGCUGGGCCAGACAGCAACAGCACGAGCACCACAUCCACCACUACAACCACAGCAGGUUUUGGCACAAUGUUCUCCCAACCUGCAGGAACUUGGGACUGUGAUACGUGUCUUGUUAUAAACAAACCUGAUGCAGUAAAAUGUGUGGCCUGUGAAACGGCCAAACCUGGGACGGGGCUUAAACCCUCACUGACUCUUCCUUCUGCCUUCUCAGCUGUUAAGACUGUAUCCACACCCACAGCCCCCAUUUCUACAGGGUUCACUGGAUUUGGCGACAAGUUCAAAAAGCCCGAGGGUGCGUGGGAGUGUGACACGUGUUUGGUAGAAAACAAGGCAGAGGACACAAAGUGUGUGGCCUGCACGAGCCCUAAACCAGGAGCUUCAGCUGCAGCCUCUUCUUCAGCCAGCAGUGCUCCAGUGAUUGGGUUGGGAGACAUGUUCAAGAAGCCUGAGGGUGCCUGGGAGUGUGACGUCUGUCUUGUACAAAAUAAGGCUGCUGAUGUGCAGUGUGUUGCCUGUCAGACAGCCAAACCUGGAGCUAACGUGGAGCCCAAAGCUUUUGGUUCGUCUUUUGGUUCAUCAGCUGGUGGGACUUCAGGCUCUAGUUCUGGAGGUUUUAAGUUUGGUACAUCAAACAGCACCUCGGGAUCUGGAUCUGGAGGUUUUAAGUUUGGCACAUCUGACAGUACAUCAGGAUCUGCAUCUGGAGGUUUUAAGUUUGGCACGUCAGACAGUACCUCAAUCAAGUUUGGGGGCUCAUUGACAGACUCCUCCUCUACAUCGUCAGGUGGAUUCAAAUUUGGAGUCCAAUUUGGAAACUCCUCAUCAGAAACCACUUCUAAAGACAAUUCUGCCUCAUCAGGGUUCAAAUUUGGCAGCUCAUCCGAGGGCUUUAAAUUUGGGACUUCCUCUUGUGAUGACAAAAAGUCAGACCAACCUGCUGCAGGUUCUGGGUUUAAGUUUGGAACCAGCGGUGGUAUAGCGUUUGGAACUGGAUCAUCUAGCACAGACUCCUCUAAGGGCGGCUUCAGCUUUGGACUCUCGAAACCUGAAGAGAAAACAUCAGAAACACCCACCUCAUCCUCUGUUAGUUUCAUUUCUCCUGCUCCCUCUCAAGAGAAAAGUGACAGUGCAGCAUCAAAUGACACCACAUCCACAAACACCAACUCAACCACCACUGCAACCACCACCACUGGGUCUGUAUUUGGGAGACUAGGCGAGCCAAGUUUGGCAACCACUACGCCACAAGGCGGCUCCACGUUUGGGUCCUUGCAGGCUGACAAAGAGCCAGCUGCUCCCACGUUUACCUUUGGGAAGCCGGAGGAAAAGAAGGAAGCCGCAGCCUCCUCUGCUCCAUCUGCCUUCCUCUUCGGUGCUGCUAGUAAAGAUGCAGAUGCUGCACCAGCACCGGCCACCUCAGGAGGUUUUUCCUUCAGCAAGCCUAGUGCUCCAACAGAACAACCUCCACCCACGUUUAAUUUUGGCAAGCCAGCAGACAAGAUCGAAGCAUCUACUGCAGAGGCCCCGAAGCCCUCUUUUACCUUUGGACAAAGUGCUUCAGAUUCGUCUGUUGCUCCAAAACCAGCAUUUUCCUUUAUGGCUACUAAUCCCACCAGUGCCAUUGACUCUACCACCUCGUCAUCCACCGCCCCGACCUCCAGUCUGUUCGGCACCACCACCAGCAGCAGCAGCAGCAGCAGCAGCAGCAGCAGCAGCAGCACCACCUCCACUCAGGCUCCCGCUCCCUCUGCAGCUCCCAGCACUUUCAUGUUCGGUCAGCCUGCUGCGACCUCCAGUGACGCUCCUCCAGCUACAGCCUUUGUCUUCGGCCAGAGUCAGGACAGCCAGCCGUCUGCCCCGUCAGCUGCUCCUCUGAACUCUACUCCGGCCCCGGCCCCAGCUCAGCCCUUCAUCUUCGGUGCUCCUGCCAGUGCUGCUCCUCCUGCUGCUGCUGCUGCUCCAUCAUUCGGCUUCGGAGCAGCAGCACCCCCUGCUGCCUCAUCUUCAGCUCCAUCUGCAGCUCCCUCUCCAUUUGCAUUUAACACGGCCACUUCUGGUGGAUUCGGGGCCAGCCAGACUCCAUCAUUCGGUUCAUCCUUUGGAUCUCCCUUCACAGCCACACCUUCCCAGCCCCCAGCCUUCGGAGCCAAACCAAACGCCACCCCUGUCUUUGGACAGCAGACAAACUCUACUCCUGUAUUUGGGGCGGCUGCUAAUUCUGCACCAGGUGGAGGCUUUCAGUUUGGAGGAGCCAGUGCAUUUGGAGCCACAAACAACACCUCAGGAGGCGUGUUUACCUUUGGAGCGGGUUCAGCACCUUCUCCUGUCCCGCCUGCCAACCCCUCCAUCGCACCCCAGUCAGGACCAGCUGGUGGUGGAUUCAACUUUUCACAACCCCCUGCUUUUAACAUUGGGUCAACAAAAUCCUUCACCGCCUCUCCUGCUGGACAGCAAGCGAUUGCUGGGCGCAAGAUCAAGACAGCGGUGCGGCGCAGGAAGUAGGGCCCUGUGGACUCGACUAUUAGAUGAAUUGACUUUGACUUGACUGUAUCCCCACUGAAGGCUGAAUCAAGUCCUGGAAGGUCAGCGAGGCAAACACUGAUAUUGCUUGACGUGUGAACAAGGGUGGAGG